AUGUUGGAGUACGGACCAGGAAGAAGCUUAGCGAUGCGGAUUCCUUCACAAAGUGCAUCCAGGACGCUGCAAGGGAAACACUCCCUGUUCUAUUGCCGCGGAAGAAGUUUGCCUUUGCAUCUGCGGAAACAAAAUCCACAUACAAUUCUGUAUGUGUCGCGCGCAGCGCUGGUGACUUCAACCAAGAAAAGCGUCUUAGAAGGACCGCGGCAAGACCGCGAUAAUGAGUGGACGUCAAGAGCGAUGGAGUUUGAGAAGGCGUGGGAGGACAGGAACCCGCGGAAAGCCUAUGCUCUACUAAAACAGUAUAGCGGCAAAAUGAAAAAAUGUUCCCCUUUCCUCAACACUGCUAAUGGGGUAGCUGUCGGUGAAGCAACCCUUCCAAUUCAGAAGGAACACUUCAAGAACUUGCUGAACCGGCAAGCACCGUCAGCUCCUGAGCUCGAGCACGACAUACAUUCAUAG